CUCACUCUCUCCGUCUCACUGCCUCGCCAGUCGCCGCUCGCCCUCUCCGCCUCACUGCCUCUGUACCUCGCCCUCUCCGCCUCACACUCUGCCUCGCCUUCUCUGCCUCGCCCUCUCCGCCUCACACUCUGUCUCUUCCUCUCUGCCUCGCCCUCUCCGCCUCAAACAUUUUUCUUCCUCUCCGCCUCACUCAAGCUCACGGGUUUGAAGUAUUGGGUUUUUUUUUUUCUUUUUGGGUUUUUUCCUUCUCAUCCUUACGGGUUCUCGGUCUCGCCCUCUAAAGUGCUCUGCUCUCUGCUUCUCGGCUUCAUCAGGUUCUCCAUUCCUUCACUUCACUGGACUUCACUGGCUUCAUCUCAGAUUCUCCAUUCAUGUUCUCGGCUUCAUCUUAGGUUCUCCGUUCUGUGACUUCACUGUCUGAAAUUGUUGAGUGAAAUGGAAUCUGCCUCUGUGCCAUCUAAUGAACGUGCUUCUACAACUGGGUCUAAUGCUAAUUCUUCAUCUGUGAGGGCAAAAUGUGAUCCUGCAUGGGAUCAUGUAACUGAAGAGUUGAAAGACGGAAGAAGUAGUUAUAGAUGUAUACAUUGUGGGAAAACUUAUAAAGGAGGGGGCAUUAAUCGGAUGAAAAGACAUCUAGCUGGAAUUAAAGGUGAUGUGGCUGCAUGUAUGGGUGUGCCUUAUGAUGUUAGGUUCCAAAUGGUUGAGAAUUUGAAGGAAAUUUCAAAAUCUAAAGAACAAACAAAAAAGGAUCAAGAAGCAUCUAAUUAUUCGCCAUUAGAGGAUUCACCAGAAUUUGAAGAUGUCCAAGAAAUUACUCCUAGAGGUAGGGGGUUAGGUAGAGGAAAUAGAAGUAGUCCUAGUAAUUUUCCACAAAGAUCCAAUCUUGGCAAGAGAAAGGUUGGUGACAUUGGUAAUUACUUCGCUCCUAGGACAACACCGGGAGCUCAACCUUCUAUUAAAAGUGUGCUUGCUGGCAAAGAAAAGAAGCGGAGGGUUGAUAUGGCUGUAGCUAGAUGGAUGUAUGAUGCUUGCAUUCCAAUUAAUGCUGUGAAUUCUAGUUAUUAUCAGCCUAUGUUCAAUGCUGUAGCUUCUUAUGGUCCUGGAUAUAGAGGCCCAAAUUAUCAUGCCCUUCGAGUGCCUUUGUUGAGAGAAGCAAAAAGAGAAGUUCAAUUGAUUGUUGAUUCUCAUCGUUCAUAUUGGGCUGAUACUGGUUGUACAAUAAUGGCUGAUGGGUGGACUGAUACUAGGCAUAGAACAUUGAUUAAUUUUCUUGUCUAUUGUCCUAAAGGUAUUAUUUUUAUAUGUUCUAUUGAUGCUUCUGACUUGGUUAAGGAUGCUAUUAAUUUAAGCAACUUGUUUGAUGAAAUUGUUAAUUGGGUUGGUCCUGCAAAUAUAGUACAUUUGGUCACUGACAAUGCUGCAAAUUAUGUAGCUGCUGGAAGAAUUUUGUGUGGAAAAUAUAGGAAUAUUAGUUGGUCACCUUGUGUAGCACAUUGCCUAAACCUAAUUUUUAAAGAAAUUGGGAAGAUGGAUCAUGUAGCUAAACUUGCAAAGCGUGCAUCCAAGAUCACUGUGUUCAUCUAUAACCAUGUGGCUUUGCAAGCUUGGUUGAGGACUAGAAAAAAUUGGACGGAAAUUGUGCGUCCAGGGCCAACUAGGUUUGCUACUACUUUCAUUGCCUUAGGGAGUCUUAAGGAACAUAAGCAUGACUUACAAGCAUUGGUGACUAGCAAAUUUUAUGUUGAAUCAAAAUAUGCAAAAGAUAAGAAAGCAAAGGCAGUGGUGAAAAUCAUUCUUGAUAAUCAAUUUUGGAAUGAUUGUCAUGUAAUUGUGCAUAUUAUGUCACCAUUGAUUCGUUUAUUACGCAUUGUUGAUUCUGAUGAAAAACCAGCUAUGGGUUAUGUAUAUGAUGGCAUGUAUAGAGUAAUUGAUGGAAUUAAAAAAAUUUUCAAGGACAAAAAGAGACUAUGGGAGCCUUAUGUUAAUAUUAUCAAGGAUCGUUGGGAUAAUCAAUUCUAUAGAGAUAUUCAUGCUGCUGCUUAUUGGUUGAAUCCUGCAUUCCAAUAUGACACAUCCACUCUUAAUAAGAGGCUAGAGACACAAUCUGCUGUGACAGAUGUUAUUGAAUCAAAAGUUUCAGUUGGUCGGUUGAAGUUGGUGGAGGAAUUAAGGCUAUUUCGAGAGAGUGAACAAACUUUUGGAACUCAACUUGCUCAAGAAUCAGCCAAGACAUCUCAGCCGGUAUAG